AUGGCUACUAAGCAAAAACUGUUAGAAGAACAGAAGAGUUUCGAAGACCAUUUCAAGUCGUGGCUGAGCAAACUUGAAGGCCGAAAAACACUAGCAACAGAAGACGCGAAGAAAAAUAUUCUCGAACUAAGAGAGAGAUUCACAUCUAACCAUAACCAGUUACUUAAGUUAGGUGUGGAAAAUGAGCUGUAUUUAACGUCAAAUUAUUAUGACGGCUGGAUGCAUACAAUUGCUGAAAGCCUAGAAAAAUACAAUGCAGAAUGGGAACAAGUUGCAGAAGCUUGUAAUUUAAAGAAGAAAAGUGAUGCAAUGACACAAAAUAAUCAUGGUGUAAAACAAGAAAUUGAAGAUCAAAUAAAUCGAUUUGAGAAAUAUGCUUCAAGGACUAGAGAUGAAAUUAGAAAGGAUGUCUCAGAAAUAUUUCUGCAAACUCUAGAAAAAGAGUAUAAAUUACUUGAGGAAAAAUAUGAAGAAUAUUCAUCCACAAAUAACGAUAUGCGGCACAUAAUGGAUGAUUGUGAAAGCGAAAUGCACGACAUAAGAAUGUCAGUUUCAGAGCUAAAGAACAGAAUAAAAUCACAAAGAUCAGGUCCUACGCCUAACUUAAAGGUAGAGGAUAUCAAAAUUUCGCCAUUUUAUGGAGACCUGUCAGAAUGGCCAACAUUCAAAGACAUAUUUAAUAGUCUUAUACACGAAAGCUCACACUACUCUAAAGUCGAAAAGAUGUAUCGACUAAAAUCAUACCUUAAAGGUGAAGCUGGACGUCUGAUACAACAUCUGACGGUGACCAACGAAAAUUAUUUGGCAGCCUGGGAAAUUUUGAACAACAGAUACGAAAAUCGUAGAUUGCUGUUCACAUCCCAGUUUGACAAAAUUUUAGAUUUGCAAACAAUUAAUAGUGAAUCAGCAGCUAGUCUAAAAGGCUGUCUAGAUAAAGCGAGAGAAUGCAUUUAUGCAAUAAAAGGUUUGGGCAUCAACCUCACCGACGCUGAACCAUUUUUAGCUAGAAUAUUAGUGAGAAAGCUUGAUAAAGAAGGACUACGCUUAUAUGAGCAAAGCGUAAAAAAGACAAGAGAAAUUCAAACUCUUGAAGAUGUCUUCAGCUUCUUAGAACAGCAAUAUCUUGCCUUAGAAGCCGUUUCCAGUAAAAGUUCAAGUGGAAAUAGAUUUCAAAAAAGGGAGAAAAGUUUUACAAGUAACUAUGUCACUGACACGAAACACAAUGAACAAAUAACCUGUGUGUAUUGUAAAAUACCAGGGCAUAAAAUCACCUACUGCAAAAAGUUCAAAACUUUAACAACAGCGCAAAAGCGAGAGUUUGUAACAAAAACUAAACUGUGCUUCGUUUGCAUGGAGCACUACUAUGGCUCAAAGUGCCAUAAUCCUGAAAAGAGGUGCAUAAAAUGUGGGUUUAAACAUCACUUUCUGCUACAUGAAGACUAUAAACCGAAAGAGGUCGGAAAAGUGACCACAAUGGUAUCUAGGGAAAACUCACCAGCAGUGCUUUUAGCCACAGCACAAAUAAGAAUCAAAUCAGCUAAUGGCGAGCAUAUUUUACUUCGAGCUCUUGUCGAUCAAGGGUCACAAAAAACCACGAUUACCGAAGAGGCUAGCCAGUUACUAAAUUUACCUCGAAUGAAAUCGAAAACCGAAAUAUACGGUCUUGGCGGUAGCAAAGUUGGCGUUUCUAAGAAUAAAAUAAAAAUACAGAUAGAGCCAAGAUUUAGCAGCGACUACUUAGUGACAGCAGAAGCCUUAAUUCUGCCGGCGCUGACAAGUGUUCAACCAGAAAAGACAUUUCAGCAAGAUAUAGAAGAAUGGAAGAAUUAUGUCUUGGCAGACCCUUUGUACAACAAGUCAGACAGAAUUGACGUUGUAAUAGGCAGCGACAUAUUCGGUGACAUCUUGGAAGAAGGCGUUAUCAAAAAGUGUGGCAUCCUAGGGCAAUCAACUAAAUUAGGUUGGAUACUUUCCGGAGCUGUCACAGCAACCGCUGACAAUAACAAAAUUGUGUCAGCAAUGACCAGUAUAGAGAAAUUUUGGGAACUGGAAGAAGUCCCAACUGAAACCGAGUCAUCCAACGAAGACGAGUUGUGUCUAAAAAUUUAUAAACACACUGCCAAGCUAGACGAAAAGGGAAGGAUUACUGUGAAGAUACCUUUCAAAGAAGACUGCGCUUUGGGAGAAUCCAGGAAGCAAGCUGUGGCACGUUUUCUUGCACUGGAAAAAAGGAUGGCUCAAGAUGUCACCUUGAAAAAUGAAUACGCCAAAUUCAUCGACGAAUACCAAAAAACUGGGACAUAUGCUUCAGCACCAUUUUUGGCAGUACGCAGCUUAAUAAAAAUCGCUGAGGACUGCAAUGAAGAAAGAGUGAAAAAAGUUAUCGAAGAAGACUUUUACAUGGAUGACCUCAUGACUGGAGCAGAUAGUGUACAAGAGUGUAGUGAAAUUAAACAAAAAGUUGAGCAACAAUUAAUGAAGUUUGGUUUUCAUUUAAGAAAAUGGCUCACGAAUAAUUCUUCGGUACUAGAAGAUAGUAUGCAACAGCGCAGUGAAGAAAAUUAUUUAAUAAAUAGUGAUGAAAUCGUGAAAACGUUAGGACUUAAAUGGGAUCCUAAAAAAGAUGAAUUCAAGUUCGAAAUCAACCUGAAAGAGAGCAAGAAGAUUACAAAACGACAAAUAUUAUCAAACUUAGCCACUAUAUUCGAUCCACUUGGGUGGCUAUCUCCAAUAACUAUUGUGUUGAAAAUAUUUAUUCAAAAGCUUUGGACACAGAAGCUUACUUGGGAUGAAGAAUUAUCAGCCGAAUUAAAAAUAGAAUGGUUUGAAUUUACAAAAAAUAUAAGUGCACUGCGUAACAUAAAAAUCCCUAGAUUGACUAAAACAUCUCAAAUAAUGGAUGUAGAGCUGCACGGUUUUGCAGAUGCAUCAGAAAAAGCAUACGCAGCAGUAGUGUACAUUAAAUGUGAUGGGCAAAUAACCAUUGUAGCAGCAAAAACACAAAACGAAAAUCUACACAUGGAGCGAUUCUACUAUUACUUUAAGUUGGAUAGAAACCAACAAAAGUAA